UGGGCGGAGCUUGGAGGCUGUGUGCGGUCCGACCGCACACAGGGUCCGUGAACAGCCCUCAUGACUUUUCCAAACUACUCACUCGCGCAAAUACAUGUCACUAAUCUGGAUUUGUUUAUAUAUUUCGAGGUUUGCGAUCACGUGCCAGGUCUUUUCAUAUUCUUAUUUUUAUACUUUUUGUUCGUAGUACCAAGCAUUCCAAUUGACAUCCUACGUCAGUUUGCGUUUUGAUAAAACGAUAUCAAGAUCGAGACUGAUGGAUCAUGGAGGUUCCAGAAACAUUUGAGUUUCCUUUUCCUCCAUACAAGGCUCAGGAGGAUUUCAUGAAGAAUCUUUACAAGGCUCUUGAAGAAAAGAAAUUAGGUAUUUUUGAAAGCCCAACAGGCACUGGGAAGUCUCUGGCGCUGAUCUGUGGCGCCGUUCGCUGGCUGCGCGAUCACGAGGCGCGGGAGCUGGCUGACGCCGAGGCGGCAGUGGCACAGCUACGCUCCUCCGGGGGCGGGGCGGCGGCGGCCGGAGCAAGCCCGGAUGACUGGCUGGCGGAGCAGGCGGUGGAUCGGGAGCGUCGGCAGCAGCUGCUGCGUGCCGAGCGCCAACUGGAGGCCCUGCAGCGCGCACGGGCCAGAGCUACGGUCAAACGUGGCCCCCGGCGGCCUGAGAAGUCGGCCGAGCUGGCGCGACAGGAGGACGAGUUCCGGCAACUGUUCGGUGACGUCGUCGAAAACGAUCCACCGGACUCCUCUGGCCAGGAGGAGGAUCUGAUCGCCGAGUUUCACAGCGAUGAGGACAGCUCGUCAGAUGAGGACCCUGAGGAGGAGGAGGAGUAUCAUGGCACGCAGAUCAUCUACACGAGCCGCACCCACUCUCAGCUGAGUCAGUUUGUGGGUGAAGUGCGCCGGUCGCCGCACGCCGAUCAUGUCCGUCUGGUGGCGCUGGCGUCGCGGCCCCAGCUGUGCAUCAACGACUCUGUCCGGCGACUGGGCAGCGUAGGGCUCGUCAACCAGGCAUGUCUGGACAUGCAGAACAAGACGGGCUCGAAGGCGACCAAGGUGACCGAUGGCGGCCGUGCUGAGAAGAAACAAAAGUCGACCGGCGCGUGCCCGUACAAACGCAGAGUGGACGACAUGGCCGCAGAGGUGCUGUCGGAGGUCAGGGACAUUGAACAGCUGGUGGCUGAGGGCCGUCGCAGGAAGGCCUGUCCCUACUACGCCAGUCGGAGAGCGGUCAAACACGCUCAGCUGGUGGUGGUGCCCUACAACAACUUGUUGCACGCUGGCACGCGCCAGGCCAGCGGUGUGCGGCUUACCGACAGCGUCGUUAUUGUCGACGAGGCACACAACCUGCUGGAGACGAUCGGUAGCAUCCAUACCUGUCACCUUUCGUACAGACAGGUGUCUGAGGCUUUGGAGCAGCUCAAUCACUACAUCGAGACGUACAAGAAGAGGUUCUCGCCAAAGAACCUUCUCUAUCUUCGGCAGCUGCUGCAUGUGCACAAAGGAAUCAUCAAAUUGGUCGACAGCACCACGAAGACGAUGCCGCCCGGCUCCGAACAGACCAAGGUGCUGUUGCUGAACGACUUCCUCUGCGGCGCCACCAUCGACAACCUCAACAUGCGGAAGCUGCUGCUGUUCGCGGAUAAAAGCCGACUCGUUCAGAAGCUGCGGGGCUGCUGGAAGAAGCGGCAGGUGACGGCCGCGCCGGUGACCACCGGCCGGUCCGCCGUCUCGCAGUUUCUGCGGGAGAUCCAGCAGCCGGUCAGUGACCAGGCGCAGGCCACAGCGGAGCAGCAGCCCGAGGCGCCGGCCGAGACUCGCACCUCUGAUAUGCCGCUGAUGGCCACACUGCAGCUCAUCAGCGCCCUCUCUGAUCCCGACCGCGACUGUCGGCUGCUUAUCUCCACCACCAGGGCGGAGCCACCUACCAUCAAAUAUCUGCCGCUCAAUGCGGCCGCGCAGUUCACCGAUAUCGUGAAAGAGGCACGCGCGGUGGUGCUGGCCGGCGGCACGAUGCAGCCCGUCUCCGAGUUCCGCGACCAGCUGCUGGUGGCCGCCGGCGCCGCGCCCUCCCGGGUCACUGUGUUCAGCUGCGGCCACGUGGUGCCCUCCGAUCAGCUGCUCACCCUCAGUUUGGCGGCCGGGCCGUCCGGCGCAGAGCUGCUGUUUAACUACCAGAACCGGGCCCUGCCGGCCACUAUGAGCGAGCUGGGACGGGUGCUGGUGAGCCUCUGCACCCUGGUGCCGGCGGGGGUGAUCUGUUUCCUGCCCUCGUACGACUACGCCGCCGCCACCAUCGCCCAUCUGACCUCCACAGGAGCCAUGGACAGGAUCGCGGCCAAGAAACAGGUGUUCCGGGAGCCGCGUCAGGCCAACCGGGCCGACGCCGUGCUGUCCCAGUACUCUGCCGCGGCCAGGGGGACCGGCCGGCGGUCCACGGGGCCCUCCGGAGCCAUACUCUUCUGUGUCGUCGGCGGUAAGAUGAGUGAGGGCAUCAACUUCAGUGACGACCUGGGUCGCUGCGUGGUGGUGGUCGGCCUCCCCUACCCCAACGCCCGAUCUCCGGAGCUCGUGGAGAAAAUGAACUUCCUUGACGCCAACGUGAAGCGCUCUGAGGAUGGUCGAACGGCCGGCCAAAUCCUCUACGAGAAUCUCUGUAUGAAGGCGGUCAACCAGUCGAUCGGACGCGCCAUUCGGCACAAGAACGACUACGCCUGUGUGGUGCUGUGUGACGCGCGCUACAGCCGGGCCAGCACGGUGGCCGGUCUUCCCGAGUGGAUACGAAGACAGAUGGGACACCACGCCAAGUUCGGGCCCGCCUUCGGGCAGAUCCGUCAGUUCUUCAAGAAAAUGCAGGAAAAGUUUCCUUCGUCCUAAAGAGCUACAAACACACCUGGAGGAAAACGAUUGUCGAGGUUUCGUCCCCGUGAAUUUUUCAAACGGGUAAAGCCAACAUCUAUCUGUGGUCGGGCAGCGUCGUACUGUGUUUAUCUGUACCUUGUUUAAGACUCAAGAGCUAUUGAAUGUGUAUACGCUGCGAAUGUUGAAUAAAAAUAUUGGAUAUUCUAAGCGCAAGACCUAGCAAGUUGUGUUACGUCAUUGUCAUGAUGUGCUAAUUGUUCCUCCGGUAUGCUUUUCAGUGUUCAGACUCUUUCGCAUAGAAGUCUUGAAGGAAGCUCCAGCAGGUUGAGUGGGUAGGAUGUGGGCCUCUCCGUUGUCAGGGUGGCACCAAUUUAUUAAGAUGAGUGAAGAUUCAUCAAUAAUUGAUGACAUUGAGAAGACUGAGGACUUACUGAAAGAGCAUCAAACUAGGUUGUCUGAACUAGAAUCGCGAUUGAGACAAAGAAAGCUACCAAAACCGCAAGAAGAAACCGCUGAACAGGAGAUCGAGGACAUAAAGUCAACUCUCAAGGAGCACGAACAAACGCUGAAAAGGCUGCGCACCGAAAACCGCCGGUCGCUGGCUAUGGUUGCCGUGUUUGUCGUGCUGUUUGGCUCCUUGUACGUGAUGUUUACUCUCCUGCGACAGAUGGGCUGGGUGUGAUCGCUUCAAUUCCAUGGGACCUCCGGCACUGUGUGAUUCGGAUGAUCAGUUGAUGAUUUAAAAGUUUAAGAGUGAUUGUUAUCUUUCAAGAUAAGUCUGACUUGAGAUCGUUCAGCUAGUGUAUCCAAAACGUCUUUUCCGUUUUCAUGAAGCUGAUGGGAGUUUACAUAUUACGUUCCAUCACCGCUAUGCCAUGCUUCGCGACGUGAUCUCGCACCUAUAAUGAAGAUAAUUUUAUUAAUUUUGUG